AUGGAAUUAUGGAAGGAAUUCUUCCCAAAUCUAAAUGAUCCAAGCUUUACACAGAAAAAUGCAAGAAUUACUAAUGCUGGCAUUUACUUUGUUAAUUUUGCACAAUUCCAUGGUCUUGGCAGUGAAGGUGUUAUUGUCCUUUCUGGUAAUCCUUCCACAGCACUACUUGUUUUUGCUUCCAGUUUCAAAGAUUCGUUUAAAAGUUCCGGUCAAGGCGGAUCUAUAAAUCUCAUUCAAGGAUCCAUUGUUCAAUACCAUAUAUGCAGCACUGGCUGCCAUGAUAACCCAAGCACAGGUUGGGGAGGCCACAGCUAUACUGAAGUAACAAAAACUCCAAAUACACCGAAUUAUUUGAUUGAAUCUACUAUCUCGAGAUGUAAAACUUCCAGUAGAGCUUUUGAACAUGAUUUUGGUUCUAUUCUUGUUCAGUCUACAAACACUUCUCACUAUAAAGGAUCUGAUAUGGCGGCUUUUUGCUUAUCUAGAGCAAACAAUACAGGUGAAGUAAAAUUUUCGCUGAUUGUUAAUAAUUCAUGUCAUAAUCCAUGUGUAGGAUAUAGCAGAAGUAAUUACAUUUCAAUUUAUUGCCAAUUUAUUGAAAAUUCAAAUAGUGAAACAUCAUAUGGAAUAAUACAUGUACAAAUUGGUAGUUCUGCUAGUUUUUCAAACUGCAGUUUUGUAAAAAAUGCAGGAAGUCGCCUUUUCUCUCUAUAUGAAUCAAGCGCGUCCAUUACAAACUGCUUUAUUAAAAAUCCUAAUUGUCCAACAGGAUCAGGAUCUAUUGGCUCUACUUAUCCUGAUCAGUUAGAAAUUGUUCUUUUGCUUUUGUCUACUAACCAAUGUAAUGCAAAUAAUAAACUUAUGAAUCCAAUUAUCGUUGUCAAACCAUCGUAUAUUACUAAAUACAUUCCUUACCUUACAUUGGAUUUAUUGAUAGUUCCAACACAAAUCUUAUUUGUCAUAUAA